AUGAAGCGUUCAGAAACACCUAGCGGUGAUCAGGCGCCCAGCUCAACGUCACCAUUGGACGAGUUUGCUGGGUUGAAAGGACAACUCUUCGUCGAAGAGGUCUUCAGUCGAUAUGGAUGUGGCACAACAACCAUUCCCUGGCUGAUCAACGGAGAGCGUGCAAUUCGACCAGACCCAACCAACAGACCAAUCAUGGAGUCACUAGCAGAGGCUUAUGCGGACAGGAUUUUGACUUCAGGGCUCAAUGUGGACUGUAGUGGUUCCUCGCCAAAAUCAAUUACUUUACUGGCUUGGAUGGUAUAUGGCCCUUCCAACCAGCUUCCUGUGUAUGCCAUCACCUUCGGACACAGAAGCGAAGCACUCUACAGAGCACUGAGCCGUGAUGAAGACAAUGUCUAUGUACAACGUGCAAUGUCGACCGGCCUAGAGAAUGUCAGGAUGCUCAGGCCAGACACACCAGUGGAGGUGCGACGAGCACUUUGCACGAUGCACAACCAGUACCACCAAGGCACCGGUGAAACGUGGAUAAGCUUGCUUGACAAGUCAGAGGAGAUAAUGCGGGAUUGGGAAACCCGUACACAGGAGACUGGUCUAACAACACGGAGCGCUUCAUAUGACAGCUUUCUUGAAAAGUUUGUCUUCCGGGAGCGGGGAGAGUCCGCUUGGGGUGAGUCAUUGAACUAUUUCAAGAGCACCACCAUCCUCAACAACUAUUUGAACAAGUAUGGCAUCAAAGACCAGCUGCGUUCCUGGUGCAACAACAAUCUAAACUUUGCGGACUUCAAGAUCAACAACAGGGACAUUAUCUUGAUGUUGCACCAGCUUGCCAUCAUCAUCUCCAAUGGCCUGACCAAGUAUUGGGCCAAGGAGUACAUCGGACUGGCUCUGCUUGAGGCCAUCAAAUUCUGUGUUCCGACGCGUCACAAUGGGGGAGGUCAGCGGCUGCUGCCACAGAUCUUUUUCAAACCUGGUGCAGAGACUGUUGCCAACAUGAACCUCCUUGUUGUGCCAAUGGCGAGCAGUGUGGUCUUCAAAAGGCUUGAAGCAGAGAGCCAGAGUGCUGCAGAUGAGUGUGAUAAUACUACUCCAGUAAAAGGCAAAGGAAAGAAGGGGAAAUCAAAGAAGACAGCAGCAUCCAAGCGGAAGCCAGGCAAGGGCAAGGGGAAUGAUUGCGAUGGUGAAGAUUGUGAGACUCGUCAAUGGUCCUCAAUGGUAUUCCCUUUGUGUGAUGAUCCGGCUUCCGCUGGCGAAGGUCGGCAAAAGACAGCUCUAGAUGACUUCAUGAGUAUUGUGACGGAAGUGAUCAAACGGUAUCAAGCGAAGUACGACAAGCUCGAGGGCGCUCGCAAGUUGCAAUCACAGUGGGAGACAAGCAUGAAGUCUAUGUUUUCCCACACGGUCAGCUGCUUCAUGGAGUUUGCUUGGUCUGGAUCAGUUGCCUUGAACGGGAAGUUCACACGCACAUACUCGUCGUUCAGAGAAGAGCUGACCACGUUUGCCACUACCGCGUGCGAGCUUGCUUUGACAUCAUCAAGUACGGGCAUCACCAGUGGCCAACAAGCACCACUGGGUUUGGGUACAACGCUUUCAGACUUGUUUGAAGGUUCCGGUGAAGUUAGCAGCAGCAACAGCAUGCCUUUGCACCAAAUGAAGGAUGCUUCAGAUGAGACGGCAGCGUUGCGUCGCAUUGAGACCAACCUGAAGACUGUGACUGAGUCCGGCAUGCAAGCGUUCAUCAACAACAUCCUUGUGCUGCCCCUGGAAUUUCACAACAAGUUCUCCACUGCCAAGCAGGAGCUAGCAACAGAUUCAAGCAUCAGUGAGGACAGUACCCCUAUGCAAGUCUUGCAGCGGAUCUCUGCUCAGCUGAGUGUGGCACUGCCUCCAAGUUGGAUUGCUUUUGCUGCUGACGUCUCAGAACUCCAUUCGGUGAGGUUGGACUUUGUGGCUGACAGUGGGAAGGUCUUCGGAGACAACAAGUACCUCUUGGAAAAGUUUUUGCUCGUCCGGUCCUUCUACAACCUGACACUCUUGCGAGAUCUUGCCAACAUCAGGAAGACCAAGUUUUCACCCUCCGUCAACCUUGUGAUUACCUUCUUGCACGUUGAGGUGGGUCAUUUGAUGGAGAACAUUGAGCAAGCUAUCAAGGCUAGAAGCUCGCCGGCUUCCGCAGAUGUAGCUGCCAAAGCCAAGAAAGCACACCCUGUGGCCAUGCUCCUUGCAGCCUUUGACGUACUGCAAAGUGCUUUGGUUUGA